AUGCGCCUCCCCUACGUCGCCGACCCGCCGCCGACGACCUCGUCCGAGGACCAGGCGAUCGUGGACCGCAUCGCAGCGCGGCGGGCGCCCCGGCCGCUGACGUCGCUGGACCUGGCGCUGCUGCACUCCCCGCCCGUGGCGGACGGGUGGAACUCGUUCCUCGGGGCGGUGCGCACGCGCACGACGCUGCCGGCGGACCUGCGCGAGCUGGCCAUCUGCCGCGUCGCCGUCGUCAACCGCGCCUGGUACGAGUGGAUGCACCACGCGCCGCUGGCGGUGGGCGGCGGCGUCAGCGAGGCGUCGAUGGAGUUCCUCAAGAUGAACGCGGGCCCGCUGGACGUCAAUGCGCCCCAGGGUGGCCUGAGCGAGCGCCAGUGGGUUGUGCUGUGUGUUGCUGACGAGAUGACGCGGAACGUGGAGGUUAGCGAGGGGACGUUUGAGAAGGCCAGGGGCCUGUUUGCCGAGAGGGAGGUGGUUGAGAUUGUGGCGACUGUGGCUUGUUACAACUGUGUCAGCCGGUUCUUGGUCGCUUUGGAUGUCGGAGAGAAGAAUGGGACUGGACCAGAUGCUGCUCACUAG